AUGUAUAUUACCUCCCUCCUUUCUAGCCUCUUGUUGAGCUCCACCAUCGUGGGAGCAGCUACAAUCCCCCGUAACUUGGAUGAGUCCAAGAUCAUCCUCUUCGGCGAGAAUGGCCGCACUGAAGUCAUGGACAAAGCCGAAUUCUGGAAGCACCACCAUGGUUCCAACAUCACUCAAUCACCUGGUCCUCUUGUAGGCUACAAUGGAACCUCAGGCGGCCACUUUGCAUCAUCCGCUUUAGACAAACGUGGUUGCAAGUCAGCAACCGUCAUUCGCGAGAACCCUGACCAGAAAUUCUUGAACUGGGACGUGCCUAUGUCCUCCGUCGUCAAGGCAGGAACAACCACUGCCACCGUUGCCGUCACAGAAGGAUACUCAAUCGCAAAUGCUAUCUCCGUCUCUGCUGGCGCCACUUUCACCCUCGUCGAAAAUUUCCUCCAGACAAGUUAUGGCAUUACCUACACAGAGACAUGGACUUCCACCUACACUGCUUCCUACACAUACACCGUCCCAGCUGGCAAAUACGGAGCCGUCGUUUCCAACCCUUACACUCUCAGAAAAUCUGGCUACAUUGAUAUUGGAUGCAUUGGUGCCGCCGCAGAGACUGAUACUUACCAAGCCGAUAGCUACACAAGCCAGGCUUAUGGAGGAUUGAGCUGGGUUUCUGGAACUAUCAGUCUUUGCACCGGAGACACUUACCCACUCCCAGCAUGCAUUGGCAGUGGCGUUAUCCAUUAG